GUGAAAACGAAUUUCAGAACGGCGAUCACGGUACCUGAACGAUCGUGGGAACGAUUUCGCGACUAUUUCGCCGUCGUUUGUGAGAAGAUAUCGCGACCAUCGCAAUUAGCUGAGGAUGGCGGAGGGGUGACAGUUCCUUUGGCGUCACCGGACAAAACAGCGGCUGACCAAGAUGGGAGACAGAUCGAGCGACAGAAAGACGAAGCGGCGCAAAAACAACAAUCGCCACCGCCACCGACGGUGAUCUCUCAUCCGUCACAAGAAGAAACGGGAUCCUGCGCUUCCAAAGAAGGAAAAGAGCCUACUGAGCGAACGAGCGCUCAUUCCUACCCCACAGGACAGCACUAG